CCGGGGACCAAGUCUCGGAGCCGCCAGGGACUCGGCGCGAGCCGCGCUUCUGCCGGAGCCGGGCCGGGCCGCGCCGCCGCCUCCUUCCGCCGGCCCCGCCGCCGGCCAUGCAUUCUUCCGGCUCCUCUUGCUCCCGCAGCCGGGGCCCGACUCCGGGUAGUCCGAGGAAGACAGAAUGGACUCCAAUGUGAGAAUGGCUGCGACUUUGGAAGAAGCUCCUCGAAGGGGCUGGAUCUUGGUGAAAGCCCUGAUAAGAUUUGCCUUCAUGAUCUUCAACAACCUGGUUGCUAUUCCAUCCUAUGUCUGCUAUGUAAUUGUUCUGCAGCCCCUUCGAGUGCUGGACAGUAAGCGGUUCUGGUAUAUUGAAGGAACCAUGUAUAAAUGGCUUUUAGGAAUGGUGGCUUCCUGGGGAUGGUUCGCUGGAUAUACAGUGAUGGAAUGGGGGGAAGAUAUUAAAGCAAUUUCAGAAGAUGAAGCUAUGAUGUUGGUGAACCAUCAGGCAACAGGAGAUGUGUGCACACUGAUGAUGUGCCUACAGGACAAAGGACGGGCUGUUGCUCAGUUAAUAUGGUUGAUGGAUCAUAUUUUUAAGUACACCAACUUUGGAAUUGUUUCUCUAAUUCAUGGAGACUUCUUUAUAAGGCAGGGAAAAUCUCAUCGUGACCAACAGCUGCUGCUUCUCAAGAAGCACCUAGAAAAUAAUUAUAGGAGCAGAGAUCGAAAAUGGAUUGUUUUGUUUCCCGAAGGGGGCUUCCUCAGGAAGAGGCGAGAAACAAGUCAGGCAUAUGCCAAGAAAAAUAACUUGCCAUUUCUUACACAUGUCACUUUGCCAAGAUUUGGUGCAACAAAAAUUAUUUUGAGUGUACUUGUAGCACGACAGGAAAAUGGAAGUCAAGCAGGAGGAGAUGCUAAAGAAUUAGAGAGCAAAUCAAAAGGCCUUCAAUGGAUAAUAGAUACAACCAUAGCAUAUCCCAGAGCUGAACCUCUAGAUAUUCAAACUUGGAUCCUUGGAUACAGGAAACCAACAGUCACACAUGUCCAUUACAGGAUCUUUCCAGUUAAAGAUGUACCCCUGGAGACUGAUGACCUUGCCAAUUGGCUUUAUCAACGCUUUAUUGAAAAAGAGGACCUCUUAUCACAUUUUUAUAAAACAGGAGCCUUUCCACCUGUCAAGGGUCAGAAGGAAGCUGUUUCCAGGGAGAUGAACCUCAGCAACACGUGGUUAUUUCUUAUAUACUCUUUUGCAGUGUUGUCAGCUUGUAUGUGGUACAACAUCAUUGAGUAUUUUUACCAUUGCCUAUUUUAGGAAUUGACUUGGACUUGUCAAGGUCACCAUAGGAGUUCAGACUUUCAUGAGUGUGCAUUAUUUACAUGUGCAAAUCAGAAUAUAUAAAAGAAGCGAAGGAAAUUCAGUGGAUGAAUUAAUAUUUAUCCCCCUUUGGGAUAUUUUAAAACUCUAUUAAAAUGAGGAUCAGUAAUAUAAUGACCUGCUGAUAUAUUUUAAGAACAUUUCAUGUUUUAAAGAGAUACAUUCUACCACAUAUAGGCAAACAUCACAUUUGGAGAAGAGGAAAUCAUAAAAAUCAUCCUGAAAAACUGUCUGAAAGAAACUGUUGCCACAGGAUCUACCUGGUCAUUUAGUUCAAGCUCAGAAUUACAUCUCUCCUAGCUAGCAGUCCCUAUUAGAGCAGUGCGCCACAGUGCCCACAUCUCCACCCAUUUGGGCUGUGGUACUAGUAGCCAUGAGGGGAGGGAGCUGGAGGCACCUCCCAAAGAGUGUUUUCCCUGUUGCUUGAAGUAACAAACUUCAGUCCUUAGCACCUGACCAGGUGCAGUGUUGAUAUUCUCUGUGGGGAGGAACCAGUGUCCACUGAACACCUCCUGGCAUAGGCUCUGAUUUUAUGAAGGCUAGCUCAGUCCAGCACCAUGUUUACAUGUGCUAAUGCUUUCCUUUCCACCAGGGUAGGGUCGGGUGGGGGCAUCACCCUGUUUCUCUUUUUGUAUAGAAGGCAUAUUAUAGAUUGAUAAUUGUAUUUUACAAAAUGCACUUUUAUCAGAUGCCAAUAUAGCAAAUGAUAGUAACAUAGCCUGAAGACAAAAGUAAGCCUCGUCAGUGAGUGGGCUUCCCGGGGGCUCUCCUGUCUCUGCAAUUUUGCCCGCAGCUGCUGUCCAGCACCACCCUGCAUUGGGCACCUCCCUGACAGGGUGACCCUAUUUGUAACUAGAGGCUCCCUGUACCCCUCUUUGACAUAGUAUCACUAAAUGCAUUUGGGGAUGGAUGAACAAAUUAACAUAAAAUAUUUAGAUGAUCAAUUUAAGGGAAAAUAGACUAGUUCAUUAGGAAAAUAAGAACUAGAGCCAGACAUUGGCUUCUACUGGUGACUGGUUCUCAAGUGGCUCCCCUCCAUAUCUGUAUAGACAGCAGUGUGUUCCAGCAUUAUAUCAAGGAGCUGCCCCUCUCAGGGUUGGUGUAACCAGGAGAGGCCUGCACAAAAGGCUUCCCAGUCUCUUCCAAUUGCUUUUGAAGAGGGUAACAUCAAGUUUCUGUUAUUUCUAGAAAACUUUUUUUUUUUUUCCUUUUGGUCAGUAUGUUUAUGUGAUGUACCUCACAGGAGAACCAAACUCUUCUCAAAAAAAUGCUGGCCCUACAUCAGUGUUGAAAUAGAGAAUGUUUUCAGUUUAGGGUUGUAAGAUUAAGAUCUAAUAAGUCCGUGGUAGUUUUCUGUGAUUUAAGCACUGUAGACUCCCCUGUUGUCACGAAUUACACAAAUAACAAUUCUGAGAAGUAAGCUGUAAAAUAAAAAUAAAGGCUAAUGUUUCUGUUUUCCAAUGAACCAAAAAAAGAUGUGAAUUUUCCCACAGUUGUGUGGGAAAGAUAAAGCAACACCAAAUAAAAGCCCACAGCAGCUUCAUCUUUAGGAUAACUCAAUAUAUGUGAAGGGGAAGGAUGCAUUAACUGAAAUACCUCAUUGAAUAUUAUAUUAUACUAUUAAAAUGCAGAAGACAGUUUUGAUAUGUUUGGUUUGGUAACAAUUGUUAUAAAAUGCAAUUUUCUUGAAACUGAAGCAUUUCAUUAUGUGUUCUACAGUGACAAUGAGUUAGUGAGACCAGUCUCACUUGUAAGGUGUCAGUGAUGAUAGGAAGCCAAAGAGAAGCUCAGUGAUGCUUCUGGUUGAGAUCCAGCAAACAUUACUUAAUUACAAGAUGAAAUGAAUUGUUCAUUUGAGAUAUUAGCCAUCUGGGGAAAGGUUGCUCACUCUUAAAAAAUAGUUAUGCAUAGUCCUAGCUUAUAGACCUUUCCCUCAUUGCAAAGCAAGUCACAGGGUAGAGUGAACAGUUCUCCUAUUUUUUAAAAAAAAAAAGUAUACAUAAAUGUGGCUUAGAGCCAUUUUUGACAUCGCUGUGCUCCAAAGGAACGUGACACUGUUAAAUAUACUGUAACAUUAAACUUUCCUGUAAGAUGCUUUAUUUCUCAAGUGCAGUAUCAUUUCCACAGUCUUUAUAGAUGUGAGUUAAUUUUUGAAAAUUGAUCCAUGAGUUGUAAAUAGAUGUGUAUUUGAUCUACCCUGCCCCUCUUUGAUUCUUUCUAAUAUGUUCUUUCUCUUCGUUUGCAAAUGUAUUUGUUUGAGAGCCUUGAUAGUGCUUUCCUUGUCAGUAACUGGAGUUCACCUGCUGUACUAGGAAAUAUAAAGAGAAAAAUCAGUGUUCUUCUAUGGCAAUCGGGGAAGCAGCAAUAUGCCACUAUACAGAGCUAAAUAAAAAUUCCUAUUUGAACUUUCUUUGUAAAAUGAGAUGAAAGGAGGUCAUAUAUUUUGUCAAGGGGAAAGAAAACAAAACUAUGCCAGUGUUAUACCAGUGGUUCUUUAGAAUCUCAGCACUUCUUGGUCUCAGCUGGACUGCCUAGAUUCCCACAGGAGAUAGAGUUGAGAGCUCACUCUUGGGAUCCUGGCAUCACCAAGAAACAGUGAUAGAGCAUCUGCUUGGCCACAAGCAGAUUCCAUGACUGCAAAAGUGACCAAGCCAGCUAGUCACUCUUAACUUCAGAAACAAUUAUCGGUGAUGAAAUAUACACAUGAUAGAUGGACUUAAAAGCAAUAGAGGGUAAAGAAAAAUUACAGAGUAGAAAAUGAUGUUUUGGAGGAGCAAACUAGUUGGUUGAGAAUUUAAACAGAAGAUUUUUUUUUAAAAAAGAUAGCUGAGUUCAAACCUGUCAUUUCAUUAAGUAGUUUUUGGUUUUUGAUAUUCAACCAAUCCUUAAUUUUUCACAGUAAAGGAACUAAAGAUUACUGGAAAAUUAAUUACUGGAUACUUAAUCCAGUUAUAAGUCAUAAGGAAGCCAAAAAUCUGAUUCUUGAAGGAGUUUGAAGUUUUACUUUUCAUCAAACUCUUUUUUCCUUCUAGGGAUGCUUGCUAAUUUAAAAAAAAAUGAUUUAAAUUGUUUAUUAGCUUUUUCUUGCCUGUGUAUGUAGGACUGUUAAUGAGUAGUGAAAUAACAUGGAAAGACAGAGAGCUAUGAGGAAGAGGAAACUCCAAAGCCUGAAUAAUCAAUGGGCUGGAAAAGGCAUCCCUGAUUAUCAAGAAUAGGUUGUACUGAUAUCGUUAUCAGCCUUUUUAUCAAAAUGAAAUCUUACAUCACCUAGUGUAAGCUUCAGAACAUCAUCCUAGUGUUGCUGCCAUCUGAUGCUGAGGAUGGCCCUUCAUUCUUUGUUCAUGUUGCUUACUUCUUGUGGAUUUGUCUUAGUAGUGUUUUUUGACAAUCACUUCUCUGAAGACUCUUCUAAACUAGUUGGUCCUGGUUAUAAUCAUAGAAUGUAGUCUUUAAUCAUGGGUAGUCUUCUUAGUAUUCUUUUUUAUAUUUAAAAAGGAAAUGUUUUAUUUGCACUACUGAAUAGGAAGAGUUAACUGUUUCUUUGUUCUUUUUCUGAAGUCACUACAUAGGACUUCACUCCAGAGUUACCAUUGAGUGUGCUCAGCUCUAGUCCACAAAGGAUGGAUAAAAAUGGUUUAAAAUAUUUAUAUUUUUUCCCUUUUUUUUUUUGCCCUGCAGAGCUAUGAGCUUUACAUGUGUUAACAUGCCAGGCAAAGUCAAAAAGGAGCACAGGGCAGCAGAUAUACUAGUUCAUUUUAUAAGGGGUAGAGACUAAGAUGUUUGGGACCAAAACACCUACGUUGUGAAAUUCUGUAUCACAGAAGAGCCAGUGUACUCUGGAGCAGUUAUUGCUUGGUGCUUUGUUGUAAUCAUUUUGCACCAGUCCCCAACAACUAGGAACUGGGCCCUAGGAAAAUGCUGGAGGUGCUGAUCUGUUGGGGGAAGGUGACUGUAGCCAUAUAGAAGAUUAAAUAUGGGUUUUUCUGUAAGAUGUUCAUCUGAGGAUUUUUACAUUUAAUAUUUUUAAGACAGUUUAAAGAGCAAAAAAAUAUUAAGUGUAUUCUAAUUGCAAAGUAUGCACACAUUUUGAAUGGCUUUAUUUUUAUUGUGUAAAACUGUUGGACACAUGACUGUGAUGCACAAAUUCUUUACAUGUAAAGAGUCUAUGCAUUUUACAGUAACUUAUUUUAUGAUUGGGUAAUGAGACAGUUAUACUUUAAACUGCCAUUAUUUUUGUUAAUUGCUUUCAUUUUCUUUACAGUUAUUACAAAGUUGUAUUUAUUUUAUACAGAUGGAUUUUCAUUUUCCUGAUGCUGUAAUGUUUACUUCAACUUGUUUGACCUUUCUUUGUAUAUCUGCAUGUUGUAAUGUAUGAAAAGAAUGAAUGUAAAGGCUGUGGCAACUGUAAUUAAUUUUUGUAAAGGGCUGGUCACACAUGGAUCUGGUUUAUGAAUGCAUUCGGGAUGAUUUUAAUAACCAGGUUGCAUUUUCAGAAAUUUAGACAUGAACACCAAAAGAAGCAUUUUCUUAGCAAAAAUUAAUAGCUGGUUCUAUUUUUUUUUAACCUAGAGAAAAUAAAGUUGAUUUUUUCCAAGUACAGUGCUUUAAUUCUUAGCAGUGGGGAUGGUCUGUGUCAUACUGGAGCUCUUUGGGCAUUAAUACCUGUAGACCUGUGCUUAGGGCCCCUCCUGCAGAAGCAUGCUGAGAAGAACAGGCUGAAACAUCCAAUGAGAAAACUCUGAACCUCCUUCCCUGGGUCAGAGGGUCUAACCUCUCCUCUUCAUUCUCCAGGUGUGCCAAUAAGUGUUUAAAGGUCCACUAUCUCAGAAAAAAAUAUAUAUAUUCAUAUAUGUUACACAAAUUUGUUAUAAAUUUUCCUGAUAGCAAGGAUGUGUAACACACACACACACAAAAAAAAAACAAAAUAAAAUAUAAACAUUGUAUAUAAACUCCACAUAGCCAGUUGAUUCUCACAAGAUUCUUAGUUGCUUUUUUCUGAACCCUUUAGCCAACCUACAAUUGCAUUUCAACAUGAGUUUAAUUAUGGUAUUAUAUCCUACUCCACUUGCUCAUCUCCCAGGAAAUUUACUGUCAUUCAAUCUAGGAUGUGAUCUACUUUUAAAUUCUUUCUUACCCAUAAUACAAGACCACUUUUUAGCUUUAGCACUAAUUGUAAGUUUAUAUAAUUUUAAUAACAAUUGUUUAAGAACUGCUGGCAAAACCCUGAAAUUUAAUGAUUGGCCCUUGGGAGCCAGUUGUAGAUGUCACCAGCACACCAUUGCCCUAUUCUUUUUGUUUCAUUUUGUUUUAACUAUUAAUGUUGAAUAAACUUCUUCCCGUUAAUUUGCUCACUGUUCUGAGAAAAUUUCUAUUAUUGACCCUAGCAGGGGAUUGAAGGGUAGGAAAAGCAUUAAGAUCAGUCCUACCACAUGAGCUUUAGAUUUUGAGGAAUCUGACAAAAGCAAACUUUGCCUGAAGUACAGGGGAAGUAUAUAGUUCUCAAUUUGGCUUUAAGCUUUCAUUUCUCAAAGUAAAGUAAUUGUGGUAUAGGCAUCUCUAAGAUUUUGUUUUAAGCAUAUAAAACCUCAGUUGUUCAGUUCCUUGUAGAAUAUGUUUGAUCCCACUGAAAAUUUUAAAUGUUUUAAAAUAUUUUGCACAAUCUACCAAAUAAGUUCAAUAGUUACAGUUCAGUCUACCUCUUUUUUCUGGCUGAAUUUAGGCUACUGUUUUGGUGAAGUUCUAAUUUCUUUUCCCCCAGACGUAUUUUAUGUAGAAGACAGAACAGAUUGGGGGCAGAGGUGGAAUGCAAAUUUAAAGCACCCAGAGAUCUAUCGCUGACCAGCCCUAUUCCUCAUGAGUUGGAGUGGGGGGGGUUGUUUGUAAUACCCACUUAAUAUGAAAAUGUUCGUUUUUAAAAUGUUUUUUCCUGCUGAAAAAAAAAAUGUAUUUUUAAAUGGAAAAACAGAAUCCUCUUUUGGCUCUAAGAAGUCAGCUGUGUGAACAGGCGUGACCAUAUCAUAACAUGCUGAUAUGAUAGAAAUCAAUAAAUUUUUACCUCUCAGGA